AUGACGUUUCAACGAAUAUUAAAUAUUUUACCUUGUCUACGAUGUGUUACAUUCAAUCGAACAUUCAACACUCUAGAUAAAUUGCACAAAAAUCAAUUGGACAAAUUAAAAUGUUUCAAUAGGAGAAAUUUUAACGAACAAUCGAUAUUUAAUUUAAAUACUAACGUCCCAAAAGAUGUUCUUCUAUACAAAUCAUCUAGCGACAAAACAUACAAAAUGAUCAGCGUGUUUUCUAUAGUUCAGUUUGGUUUUUGGCUUACUGUAGCAGAUUCUUACAAUGUCUUAUUGAACAAAGAGCCUGACAAUAAUGUAAACCAUCAGCCAAUAUCAUGGGUCGAUAAAAUCAAAUCUCAAGGAAAAAUAGCAACAAUUGGCAUUCCCAUCGCCUGUUUAUGUAUGGGUACAACGUUAAUAGCUAUAUGCUCUGUCUACACAAUGAAAUCUGUGAAAAUGUUGGUUUUGUGUAAAGGAGGCGAUCGUUUGAGUAUAACAUCUUUUGGUUUUUUCAAUCGAAAUAUAACAACAACCAUACCUCUUGAAACAGUUAGCUGUGCUGUUGGGAGAAAUUCGAGUGGUCAAAGUAUACCACUGAAAGUCAAAGGCAAAUGGUUUCACUAUACAUUAGAUAAAAAUGGCAAAAUUUAUAAUCCCAAAUUAUUUGAUUAUACUGCGGGAUUGAGUAGGAAUGUAUAA